GAAGAGCAGCCAGAAGAGAUACCCAUCACACGUAUUGAAGUAGAAAUUCCAAAGAUUCCAACUGACCUCGGAAAUGAUAUUCAUUCUGUUGAAUUACCCAAUUUUUUAAGUGUUGAUACUCAUCCAUAUGAUCCAUUUUGGUAUGAAGAUGAAAUCGAUGAAGACGAAAAUCUCGAAGAAGAAGGAAGACAUCAAUUAAAAUUGAAAGUUGAAUCAACAAUAAGAUGGAGAACCGUAGUUGACGAGAAUGGAGUGUCUCUAAAAGAAAGUAAUGCCAGAAUAGUAUGGUCAGAUGGUAGCAUGUCUCUACACCUUGGAUCUGAAAUUUUUGAUAUUCAUAAACAAAGCUUAAUGGCUGGUGAUAAUAAUCAUCUUUUCAUUCGUCAAGGGACUGGUCUACAAGGGCAAGCCGUUUUCAAAACAAAACUUACUUUCCGACCUCAUUCAACUGAUAGUUUUACACAUCGUAAGAUGACUUCAUUGGCCGAAAGAAGUCAUAAAACUCAAAAGAUUCGUGAUUUACCUAACGUUGGUAAAGAUCCUGAAGCCCACAGGUCAGAAAUGAUCAAGAAGGAAGAAGACAAGUUAAAGGCAUUUAUUAGACGAGAAAACAAAAUGAGAAGAGUGCGGGAAAAGGCUCCUUUCCGUGGUCCACCAGCAUCUUAUUUAGAGCCUGAUUCAUACGAUGAUGAUGAUGAUGAUGCUGGCGGUGUAUCUUUAUCUGCAAUUAAAAAAACGUUGCAAGAAAGGAGGUGCUGGUUAUAA